AUGGCAACAAACACUGUUUCUGAUCAGCAACAUUUAAUCGUUGAUGAAAAUGAUAAUCCACCUACGUAUCAAGAUGCAACAAAUCAAGGUUAUGGAACAUUCGUCGAUCCACUUGUGAAUAGUUCUGCACCGUAUCCCUAUGCAUACGCGUCUCAACAACAACCUACGGUUAUCGUCGUCGGUGGAUGCCCAGCUUGCAAAAUCGGUAUGUUAGAUACAGAAUUCACAUGUGCGGGUCUUUGCUGUGCGAUAUUUUUAUUUCCAUUGGGAAUUCUUUGUUGUCUUGCUCUUCGACAACGACGUUGUAAUUUUUGCGGAGCAAUCUUUGAUUAA